CUCUACGACUCUCACCUUGAUGUUUAGAGAAAUCGCACGGAUUACUCCGGACAAGCAAUUCGUAGUCCAUGACGCCUUUCAUUGAAUCUUCGUAUUCUAUCUCAACUUCACACGUAUUUGCCGUUCUAUGUGCUACGUGUGAUUGUCAUCAUGUCCAACCCGGCGUGGUUCGACUAUUCCGCUCAGCGCCAAAAACGAAAACGAGCUGCUCUUGCCUGUGAAGUGUGCCAUUCGAAAAAGAUAAGAUGUGACCUCCAAACACGAAGCACCCAGGGUCAUAACACCUGCACGAACUGCGCUUUGUCGGCCAAAGACUGUCACGUUCGUCAACCAAAACGCGACAAAAUUCGACAGGGGACCGAUGGCGGCAGGACUCAUCCCCUGACACCUCCCGGCGAUAGGUCGGCUACCAGCAGCAAUAUUUUGGACCCAGUGCUUCCAGCUGGGAGCCCAGAGCUUCUCGACAUAGACUCAUCGGCCCUGACCACGAACGCCGGAGUGAUGGCGCCACAGCAGGAAGCCCUUCUUCCUCGCCCUUCUACCAACGGCGGAUCUAUGUUGCAGAAUCCGCAUCGAAUGCCCUCACAAGCAGCAUUGAUAUCUGUCAACGACAUUUCACCAAGCACGCGUUCCGAUCGCUAUCCUGUUGACCCAGGCUUUUUGCACGUUUACGGCCCUGAAAACGAGAGUGAUGCCAGAAAUCAAGUCAUUUCGAGUAAAAAGCAGCCAAACUUCCUGGACGUAUCUCAGCCAGACUUGCAGCAAAGUUUCACCGAGACAUACUUUGAGUACUGCUAUCCCUGGUGUCCCGUCCUUGAUAAGUCGUCUCUGGCAAGCGACCUGGCACAGUCGCCGCUGCUUGAUAAUGCUCUGGCACUUGUCGGCAGUCACGUCCAGCCGCCGAUGAUUCCUCAUGCAGGUCCUGAAUCGUAUUAUGACCGAGCUAGAAGGAGGUUCUACGAUGAUGAGGAAGCGGAUCUCAUCACAAAUCUCAAGGCAGUCUUGUUGUUCUACUGGUGGGCCCCGCGACCUCCGUCUAUGGUUCACAGACAUUCCUCCUGGUGGUGGACUUCAGUGGUCAUCCGACACUGCCAGCAAGCAGGAUUUUCCCAUGAGUCCGAGUCCGACACCACAGAUCCACAGCGAAACCUGGGCAUACGACGCCGAAUUUGGUGGACUGCUUUCGCUCGAGAACGUCUUACAUCAAUCUGCCAGGGCAAGCCUUGCAUCAUUGAUCCAGAAGAUUGCAAUAUCCCUGAGCCGAGCCUGGACGACUUUCCUCCAGACCUUGCAGACAAAAGCAAGGCCGAAGUUUUCAUCUACUGGGUCCGUCUCUGCGCCAUCAUAGGGCGAGUCGCCAAGUACUUGUCCAAAACCUCUUCCGAUUCUUCUUCUAACUCGUUUCCCGCUCACCUGGGCAAAGAGCUUAUUGAGUGGGUUCGAUCUCUUCCGCCUCAUCUGCAGCUGCCUAUAGGCGCGAGCUAUACUGCAAACUUCAACCGCGACGCACAUCAACUGCACCUUCCUUACCUCACGAUCAUCAUUGUUUUGUAUCUGAAGAGGUCUCCGCAAUCGUCGCUGCCACAUGCUUUACCUCCGUCCAUCUUGGCUGCCACUUGUCUUGCACGGAUCAUGAAGGACAUCUUGGUACGGGGUGGAACAAGGUACCUGAUGGCGAUCUCUUGUUGGUAUUCGGGAAUGGCAUUCAUCGCUCUUCUGCAAGCUUCGGCCAACGAGGAGUUGAAGCCAGGUGCUGAUGCCGAUCUCGACAUCUUGACGCUCGCGAUCAAGCAACUCAAGACGAUGUGGGGCACCGCAAACGUCUUCGACCAAGGCUUUGAACGUCUUCGUGCCAACGCCAAAUCCUCGCAGUCGGACGACUUCCUGGCCAGUCUGACCAACAAUGAUGCCGCUGGUCAGAAUUUGAAUUCGGUGGACACUAAUAUGCACAACGGGGUCGAUUGGCUGGAUUACUUUCCGUUCGUCUCAGCGCAGACCAGCCCAGUAGCCGACAAGCUUCUUGCGCAGCAAAGUAUGCAGGUCUUUCCAUUCGACAACUUUUUCGACACCUCGCUGCUGAAUUUCCAGGAUGUCUUCGAAGGGUUCGACAGUUGGAAUGACAAGAACUUGUUCUGAAAUUCCAUACAUUGCGUCUUGACCGUUGGAGGAAUCUUCAACGAGCACUGAUCUUGGCGCCUGACAGCUCCAACUCAUAUUUUGGCGCCAGCCGCCCUCCUAUUCUCACGUUCAGAGUCGCGGAGCAAUCGUCUCAAGAUCUUGCCGGACGCAGAUUUCGGGAUUACGUCGACGAAUUGGAUUCCUCCAGAAAUCCAUUUGUAGCGCGCUUUCCCCU